AUGUUCGCCUUUCUCAGUAAAAAGAUCGCACUGCCGAAUAGCGUUCAGGUCAAUUGCAUCGCUUGGAACUCCACACAGGGUUGGAUUGCUUGUGGAGGGAAGAAUGGCAUGCUGAAAGUGCUUCUUCUCGAGAGGAUGUCCGAUGGAGGAAGUAACCUAUCUAUGAAUCAGACCCUACAAGGUCACGAAGGGGCUGUUAUGACUGUCAGCUGGAAUGAAAAUUAUCAGAAGUUAACGUCGAGUGACCAGAAUGGUCUGAUAAUUGUUUGGACAUUGCACAAGGGCAUGUGGUUUGAGGAGAUGAUCAAUAAUCGUAACAAAUCCUUCGUGCGCGAUAUGAAGUGGGAUGGGAGCGGCAUGAAAAUUUGUAUUGUUUAUGAAGAUGGUGUAAUAAUUGUUGGUUCUAGUGACGGAAAAAGACUAUGGGCUCAUGAGCAAAAUAAGAAGCUUACACUCGUUGAGUGGUCUCCCGAUGGUCAGCUGAUACUGGCAAGUACCGCUGAGGGAGAAUGUUACGUCUAUGAUGCGUUCGGUCAUCUUUGCGAUGAGUUUAUCCUCUUUCCAUCUGACCGCCAUACCGUGGGUCCACUUACAUGUAUGACCUGGCAUCUGCAAAACAGCUCCUGCUCAGAAAUUUCUCGACCAUCAUUGGCGUUCGGCUUUGAAAAGGGAUUGGUCCAACUGAUGAGAGACGAAAAGGAUAGAGAUCCUUUGAUUAUCGAUGUUGGAAUCUCCAUAGUGCAUUUGAAAUGGAAUAUAGAUGGGACAAUCCUUGCAAUUGCUGGUGUAAGCUCCAAUUCUUCAGAUCCUCGGGAGAUCAGCAAAGUGAAGUUUUAUGAUCCCCGUGGCAAUCUUCUUCACAUCCUUCGCCUCCCAGGAAAAGCAAUUAACUCCAUCGCGUGGGAACGCACUGGAUCGCGGUUUGCUAUGGCUGUCGACAGCUUCGUGUACUUUGCUGAUAUUCGCCCAAGCUAUAGAUGGGGAAACCUCCAGAAUGUCAUUGUUUAUGCAUUUACCAAGCUUGGAAGGGAAGAAGACUGUGUGAUGUUCUGGAAUCAUGAAUCCCUUCAGAAGCAUGCCAAAUAUAUCAAAAGUCUAAUUGCCAUAUGCACAGCCGGUGAUAAUUGUGUACUCGUGAGCAAGAGUACGAUAGCAGAUAAUUUCUUGCUUAUUCUCUGCGAUUCGAUGGGCACAUUAAUCAACAGCACUCGUGUCAAGGUAAAUCCACUGUUCACUGCAAUGACGGAGCAGUACAUGGUUGUAGCAUCGCAAACAUGCGUAUAUUUGUGGAGUGUUGACGGCCUCGGCGAAAGCGGUAUUUUAAGCUCUCGGUUUCGCGAGGAAGAACGGAAAGAACACGACAGUUUAGAAUCAAGUGCAAGCAUGAGGUGUGCGAUGGACAGGUACCACAAUCAAAUGCCUUUCGUGGACCCUACAUUGAGAUCAUGUGAUGACCACAUUUGCGCCUUGGCUGUGUCCGAGCAGUAUGUACUUAUCGGGAUGCAAUCUGGGGUACUUGAAUGUUAUCGAUUACCACCACUGAAUAACUUGACAGUCAAAUACAAACUGACGAGUCGUCCACGUCACAUGUCCUUCAACUGCAACAGCACAAAAUUUGGUGUGAUUGACGUCAAUGGUUUGCUGACAAUAUUUGCUAUGGACACCGAGUCCCUUGAUGAACCAUGUAAAACUUUAAAUCCUGUUUUGAUUAAUCAUCGUAACGAUGCAUGGGACUUACGAUGGAGUGACGAUGAUCCUAAUCUUUAUGCUGUCAUGGAAAAAAGUCGCUUGUACAUUUUUCGGGGAAACAGUCCUGAAGAACCGAUUGUCUCACAAGGAAACAUUUGUAGCUUCUGUGAUCUCCGCGUGACGGCAGUAUUACUAGAUGAAGUGAUGAAAGAUCCUGAAAGGCCAAAGAAAGAACAUCUGAUCCUCAACUUUGAGACUAAAUCUCUACGAGACAUGCGAAGAUUAUUGAACCGGAAUGUUUAUUUUCGGGAAAUGAAUUUUGCAGUGGCAAAUGAUCAUCACUGCUUGUGGCGAUUGUUGUCAAAAUCUGCACUGGGGAAACAAGAAUAUGUAAACGCAUAUCAAUGUUUUGUACAUUGUGGAGAUUAUCAUGGAGUUCAAUUAAUAAAACGACUCGAGAUGAUUGAUGAUGAAAACGUGCGAGAAGCAGUAUUGAUUACUUAUUUUCAGCAAUUUGAAGAGGCUGAGGAUAUGUAUACCCACAACAAUCAACUUGAGCAUGCCAUAAACUUGCGUUCGAAAAUGGGUGAUUGGUUUAAGGUUGAAAAACUUCUGCACAAUAUUUGUGCAGAGGGCAAAGCGCUUGCGUGGAUAUGGGACAAAAUCGGUCAUUACUUUUACGAGCGACAAAAAUGGGCAAGGGCGGCUCCCUAUUUCUCAAGAUCAAGCAAUAUCACUAAGCUUGCUGAGUGUUUGUACUUGCAAGAAAAUUUCACUUCUCUCGAGCGAGCGGCAGACAGAAUAAAUGAAGACUGCAAUGCCUCAAGUGCACUGGCACAUCUUUUUACAAGUGCCGGAAUGUGCGAGCAAGCUACAACGGCCUAUCUCCACGCGAAUGAUGCAGAGAGCGCGAUCAGCACCUGCAUCGUCAUGAACAGAUGGGAGCAUGCUACAACUGUGGUAGGAUCGCUUGAGUUUCAUCAAGACAUGGACAUGGUCAUAAAUGCUAGUGCGGGUAUGCAGGGUGAAAGAAGACAUCUUGUAACCUGUGAUUUGCUCAGAAAAGCCAACCGGCGGACUGACUUUUUACUGUGGCUCUGUCGAAUGUUUAGCGAAAGCUUCGCACUGAAGAGCAAUGCUCUCCACAUGAAAAAAAUAAACGUACUGCUUGCAAUGGAGGCAACAAAGGUGGAACAGAUUCCAUCAACGGAAAUAAGUCACGGCAAGUUGAAACGUGGAGGAGACCUUUCAAAUAAAGACCUCUUCCAAAUGUCAGCGAAUUAUUUCUGGCGACAAGCUGAGGCAUACCAUUUUUGGAUACUAGCCCACAGACAGCUUUACGAGGGGCAAUUCGAGUAUGCAAGUCGAACUUCACUCAUUCUUGAGGAAUACGAGGACGUCAUAGAUCUUGCUCAUACACAGUCGCUGAUUGCGAUGGCCUCAUAUUGUUGUAGAAAUUUCAGUAGGUGCAGCAGAUCAAUCAUGAAAUUGGGAAGACUAGAUGCAUCUAUAAGUCUCACAUCGCGGCAAUUUUCUGACAUGACAAGCCCAAUUUUCAUGCAGCGCUCACCUGCACAUCAUAACAUGAAUCAAGAUCACGAGGCAUUUACAUCGAUCGCAUAUGCCUUGUCAUAUGCUCAACUCGAUAGCAUUACGAGUAAUGUUUGUUUCGCGAGUGGCAGGCAAUUUGGCGCCGGUCACGAUUCCGAAAAAUGCAAAACAUGCAGUCGAAGUAGUAUUGUUUCUAAGCUGGGUGUUCGUGUCGCAUGUCCUCUAUGUCAUUCUGUGAUGUGA